AGGAGCCUCUGCUGGAGGAAGCCGCUGUUGUGUCUGCUGCUAUCAGUCUUGAUUGUCUACAUCACCCGGGAGGGCGGGAUGGACGAGGAUUAAGCUGUCACAUAGGGAUAAGAUGAAGUGACGUCCACUCUGCCUGGAUAAGUGACACAGACUCGUACCGUGCAGAUCUGCCGCACACACUGCCUGCAUCCAUACGGAUGAUGUGUCCUCUCCAGUGUGCACACACUUAUAUCAGCACACUGCUUUCCUGCUCUACGGGCUCUGCCUGAGCUCACACAUCUACACAGAGCAGACACACAGUGACUGGAAUCCCUGGGCUCCAGGCCUGGCACUACGGCUUCCACCUGGCUCCCUCCCGGGCUCUGAGUCCUGAUCUCCCCCGCACCCAGCUCGGGGAUCUGCCUCCAUGCAACCGCACGAUGUCUGGGAAGCAUUACAAGGGGCCGGAGGUCAGCUGCUGCAUCAAGUACUUCAUCUUCGCCUUCAAUGUCAUCUUCUGGUUUUUGGGAAUAGCCUUUCUUGGAGUCGGUUUAUGGGCAUGGAGUGAAAAGGGUGUGCUCUCAAACAUUUCCUCCAUCACGGACCUUGGUGGGUUUGAUCCUGUUUGGCUCUUCCUGGUAGUGGGAGGAGUGAUGUUUAUCCUGGGUUUUGCUGGCUGCAUUGGAGCUCUACGAGAAAACACUUUCCUCCUAAAAUUUUUUUCAGUUUUCUUGGGAAUUAUUUUCUUUUUGGAGCUCACAGCCGGUGUCCUAGCAUUUGUAUUUAAAGACUGGAUUAAGGAUCAGCUGUAUAUAUUUAUCAACAGCAACAUCAAAGCAUACAGAGACGAUAUUGACCUGCAAAACCUCAUUGACUUCACACAAGAAUACUGGCAGUGCUGUGGGGCAUUUGGAGCUGAUGACUGGAAUCUCAAUAUUUACUUCAACUGCACAGAUGCCAAUGCUAGCCGAGAGCGCUGCGGAGUGCCAUUCUCCUGCUGCACUAAAGAUCCUGCUGAAGAUGUUAUUAACACUCAAUGUGGCUAUGAUGUCAGGCAAAAGCCAGAACUUGACCAGCAAGCAACCAUACAUACCAAGGGCUGUGUUCCUCAGUUUGAGAAGUGGCUGCAGGAUAAUCUUACCAUUGUAGCUGGCGUGUUCAUAGGCAUUGCAUUACUACAGAUCUUUGGCAUAUGUCUGGCGCAGAAUUUGGUAAGUGACAUUGAAGCUGUGAGGGCCAGUUGGUAAAUCUAUUCCUAUAGAGACCAAGUUCUGUUGAAGACACUGGAAGCAGAUACUCAGCCUGGCAGCUCGAUACCAUGGUUCAAGGCCAAGAAUGUUCACAUUCCGUUUUUCAGCGAUGUAGAAGAAUUCCUUGGCGUCUUUUUUCAUAACUAAUGGCACAAGCUAUUAGCUCGGAUCUUUUCCAUGCAACAAAGCAUUAGAUCGAUCACAGAGAAGUAAUUGUGAACACAAACAAACCUGGAGCUUUUAUUGUGUUUUGAUGCAUGUGGUAAGGUCUACAGAAUAUUUGUGAAAAGAACAUUAUGUCACCAUCGUGCGGCACACAAUGAAUGCACAAUUUUUUGGGCAGAUGUAUAAUUUCUUUAUUGAUAGCACAACCGUCAGACAUAUGAUCUGCUCGCUAUGAGUAACUUGGUAACACUGUCUUGUAUAUACUACAUGAGAUGUCAGCAUUUAGUUGUUUCUAAUUUUACAAUCUAGGGCUCCAGUCUAGUUUAAUAGACUAAGAGAGAGAGAAAACAUAGGCACAUAGUAUCAUGGCUAUAGAAGCUAAUGUGCACCGCAUAGAUCGGAGACCCCACACUUCACAGUUUGUGCUUAUGAUGUUGUUUUAUUCAGAAUAACAAUUCACCAAAGGUAGGAAGCGGCUAUGUGCUUAUGUGAUCACUGUGUCUGUGCUUGUAUCUGAAACACAUACUACCUUCACACAAAAAUGUUUGCAAAAAAUUGGAAAUGUGUCAGACUAAAUGAAGAAAGUACACACUACGCUUUGAUCAAUGAUUCAUUUUGUGAGUAUUUCACUCGCUAGAGGUUGGAAUAGUCAUGUUUGACAGAGAAUGAAAAAGAAAGCAUUGCACUCAUUAUUCCUGCAGUUAUCGGAAGUUUUCACAGGCCUUUGAUGCUAAUAUCUAACAUGUAUUUCCUUCGGAGUCAAAAUCCUACUGUGAAGAAUGAAAAGUGUUUUAUAGGAAAUGAAAAAGGCAAAUUUACUUCAAUAAAUAAAUGUAGAUUAUAACAUUAUAUGUAUAUUUGUAAUAUACAUUGGUUAAAGAAUACAGGAAGUAUGGGUGGAAAAAGCAUGGCCCUGUGUAGGCCAUAAAUACACAGGGUGAGCUAUUUAUAUGGAUACACCUUAAUAAAAACGGAAUGGUUGGUGAUAUUAACUUCCUGUUUGUGGCAUAUUAGUAUAUGUGAGGGGGGAAACUUUUCAAGAUUGGUGGUGACCAUGGUGACCAUUUUGAAGUUGGCCAUUUUGAAUCCAACUUUUGUUUUUUCAAUAGGAAAAGGGUCACACAUCAAACUUAUUGGGAAUUUC